UUUUUCUAAUUCUGAUGGCAUGCUUGCCUCUUUGCAUUCGAUCACUGGAAUGCCUUACGGGUUUAUUGUCCUUGAUAACAACAUACAGUGGGCCGAGAGAUUCGAGAUAGAUUCUCCGAUGCCGUUGAAGCAUUUUCCAGAAGAAAUAUUUCAAGUACUAGUCCUCAUCUUGAUCAUUCUAGACGCAAGACUGUUGAUGAUGUGGCUUUGUCGAAGCAUGCGCUCCCUGUGUUGGAUAAAAGACAGUUCUUCUCGAUAUGGUAGCACUUCAAGAAGAGCUGUAGUAGCAAGCAGGCCCAGUUCGUCCGUUGAAGCCAAUGACGUACUACAAAACCGGCUAGCAUCGAGUAGCGGCCGCAUGUCUACCACACAAAGAAUCCAACAUGCAUUUGAAUCCAAAACAUAUAGUCGUGCCACCCCUGUUCGAGGAAGCCGUGAUCAUCCUCUUCUAAGUUUUGAGCUCCAUUCCAUUAGAAAAUAAUGGGGUCGUAUGUCAAAUCUUCAGCCAAUGUUUUCUAAAGAACUCUGUCACUGUAAACGGGAUAUUUCACCAGAUUCACUGCCUCUACAGCUCAUUUACUUCCCUUA